UUUCACCUCGUGUGCCGAUGCACUGUCACUGCCGGUGAAGGUUGAGCACUUAGAUAGUAUUACGCGCACUCGCUGCUUCUCAGUAUAGAAUACAAACGUCGAACGCUAUGGAAGUACUCUCACUGAUCGGAAUCGCAGCGCUGCUGCUGUGGAGCUAUGGCACCUUCAAAUCACUGUUUGAACUUUGCUGGGGCCUUUGGAAGCAACGAUCGGAAGGAGUGGACUACGUUCGACGAUACGGGAAAUGGGCCGUCAUCACUGGAGGAUCGAAUGGAAUUGGACUACAGUACGCUAGGUUCUUUGCGCAGAAAGGUCUUAACGUUGCGAUCAUUGCCAUAAAUGAUGAACAAUUAGAGCAAACGUCGAAAGAAAUCCAGCAACAGUAUGGUGUCCAGGUUAAGAAGAUUCCGAUAGAUUUCUCGGAAGGAUUCGGAGUGUACAAGUUGAUUGAAGAAAAACUUAUUAACAUGGAGAUUGGCGUUCUGGUGAAUAACGUUGGCAUCACUCAUGACAAAGCAUACUUUGAAACCAUUGAAAUCGAGAGCUAUGAGCGUUUCGUCAACGUUAACAUCAAUGCAGCCGUUAUGAUGAGCCGAAUUGUGUUGCCUCAGAUGAAACAACGGGGGCGUGGCUUGGUCAUCAAUAUCUCCUCGGCAUUCGGAUUAACCCCGGUGCCAAUCUGUUUGAUGUACGGUGCAUCGAAGGCGUUCAUGUUGAGCUUCAGUGACGCUAUGCGGGAAGAGUUACGCCCCUUUGGAGUAGAAUGUCAAACCGUAACGCCAUUAUUUGUAAGGACUAGCUUGACGGAGGAUUUUGCCAGGACGACUCUGGGUGCACUGGUGUGCGCGAACCUUGAUUCCUUUGGAAAGUUUCUAACAAUGACCAUCGGCAAAUCCACCAGAACAACUGGAUACUGGAUGCAUGGGAUAAUGCUCACAGCCAGCAAUCUGAUACCAAGAGAUAUAUUGUGUAGACUGCUUCAUUUUUUCAUUAAAUACGCUGCAGCGAAAAUAAAUGAAAAUAAAUAAAACCAAAAGCCAAAAUUGA